AUGGCCGUCACCUUCUGGGACCUGGGCGUCAUCGGGGGCUACUUCGGCCUCGUCAUCGCCGUGGGGCUCUGGUCGCUGCGCCGGGGGAACCGGGGAACCGUCAGCGGGUACUUCCUGGCCGGCAGGAACAUGGCGUGGGGACCGGUCGGCGCCUCGCUCUUCGCCAGUAACAUCGGCUCCGGCCACUUCGUGGGGCUGGCGGGGACGGGGGCGGCGAGCGGCAUCGCCGUGGGGGGCUUCGAGUGGAACGCCAUGUUCAUCGUCCUGCUCCUGGGCUGGGUCUUCGUCCCCAUCUACCUCAACGCCGGGGUGAUGACGAUGCCCGAGUACCUGCGGAAGCGGUUCGGGGGCAGCCGCAUCCAGCUCUACCUGUCGCUGCUCUCGCUGCUGCUCUACAUCUCCACCAAGAUCUCGGUCGACAUGUACUCGGGGGCCCUCUUCAUCCAGGAGGCGCUGGGCUGGGACCUCUACGUCUCCGUGGGGGCCCUGCUGGGGGUCACCGCCGUCUACACCGUCACUGGGGGCCUGGCGGCGCUGAUGUACGCGGACGUGGUGCAGACCUUCGUCAUCCUCACCGGCGCCUCCGUCCUCGCCGGCUAUGCGCUGGGCGCCGUCGGCGGCCUCGGCGGCCUGCGGCUCCGCUACCCGCUGGCCCUGGCCCCCAACGCCUCGGGCGCCUGCGCCCGGCCCCGGCCCGACGCCUUCCACCUCCUGCGGCCGCCCGGCUCCGGCGACCUGCCCUGGCCCGGCCUCCUGCUCGGCCUCGCCGUCGUCUCCUCCUGGUACUGGUGCACCGACCAGGUGAUCGUGCAGCGGUGCCUGGCCGGGCGCUCGCUGACCCACGUCCGGGCCGGCUGCGUCCUCUGCGGCUGCCUCAAAGUCCUGCCCAUGUUCCUCAUGGUGCUGCCCGGCAUGGCCGCCCGCGUCCUCUUCCCCGGCGUGGUGGCCUGCGCUGACCCCCAGGGCUGCCGCCGGGCCUGCGGGACCCCCGCCGGCUGCUCCAACGUCGCCUACCCCCGGCUCGUCGCCCGCCUCCUGCCCCCCGGCCUCCGGGGGCUGAUGCUCGCCGUGGUCCUGGCCGCCCUCAUGUCCUCGCUGGCCUCCAUCUUCGCCAGCGCCGGGGCCCUCUUCACCCUCGACGUCUACCGGCGCCUGCGGCCCCGCGCCGGCCCCCGGGAGCUGCUGCUGGCCGGGAGGCUCUGGAUCGGGGCGCUGCUGGGGCUCAGCCUGGCCUGGCUGCCGGUGGUGCGGGCGGCGCAGGGCGGGCGCCUCUUCGACUACAUCCAGGCCGUGGCCAGUUACUUCGCGCCCCCCAUCGCCGCCGUCUUCUUCCUCGCCGUCUUCGUGCCCCGCGUCAACGAGCCCGGCGCUUUCUGGGGCCUCCUGGGGGGGCUGGCGCUGGGCCUGGCCCGGAUGGUGCCCGAAUUCGCCCUGGGCCCGGGCUCGUGCGGGGCCCCCGGCCGCUGCCCCCCGCUCGUCUGCGGCCUCCAUUACCUGCACUUCGCCCUCGGCCUCUUCCUCGCCACCGGCCUCCUCGUCCUCGCCGUCUCCUUCUGCCACCCGCCCAUCCCCCGGCGCCACCUCCACCGCCUGGUGUUCAGCCUCCGCCACAGCCGGGAGCCGCGAGUCGACCUCGACCAGGAGCCACCGGCCAAGGAGGCGCCGGGCAGCGUCGGGCUCCAGGACGUGGAGGCGGGGCCCCCCGCGGCGACGGCCCCGCCCCCCAGCGCGGCUCCGCCCCCGGCCCCGCCCACCGAGCCGCCGGCCUGGCGCCGCCUCGUCGACCUCGGCGCCAUCGGCACCAUGGCGGCCGCCGUCUUCCUCUGGGCCUAUUUCGCCUGA